GAGGGAGGGGUCGUCCUGCGGGUAGCCGGAGGCUUGGGUGGCUGUGGAACCUGGGGUGAGAGAGGGAGGGUUGGGGAGCGAAAGGUGAGCCGAGCUGAAGUGGGGGACGCGCUGCUCGGCGCCCCCAUUCUAUGGAGCGGGGUAAGAUGGCGGAGGCGGAGAGCCUGGAGACAGCAGCAGAGCACGAGCGGAUCUUGCGAGAGAUCGAGAGCACCGACACGGCCUGCAUCGGGCCCACGCUCAGGUCUGUCUAUGAUGGUGAGGAACAUGGGCGAUUCAUGGAGAAGCUUGAAACUCGUAUCCGCAAUCAUGACCGAGAAAUUGAGAAAAUGUGCAACUUUCAUUACCAGGGCUUUGUGGACUCUAUAACUGAACUGCUGAAAGUAAGAGGAGAAGCCCAGAAACUCAAAAAUCAAGUGACGGAUACUAAUAGAAAACUACAACAUGAGGGAAAAGAACUGGUAAUAGCAAUGGAAGAGCUGAAGCAGUGUCGACUACAACAGAGAAAUAUUUCUGCCACUGUUGAUAAAUUAAUGCUGUGUCUUCCAGUCCUGGAGAUGUACAGCAAACUGAGGGACCAGAUGAAAACUAAAAGGCAUUAUCCUGCACUGAAAACUCUGGAACAUCUAGAGCAUACCUAUCUGCCUCAAGUAAGCCACUAUCGAUUCUGCAAGGUGAUGGUGGACAACAUCCCUAAGCUUCGAGAGGAAAUAAAGGAUGUUUCUAUGUCUGAUCUCAAAGACUUUCUGGAGAGCAUCCGCAAACAUUCAGACAAAAUUGGAGAGACUGCCAUGAAGCAAGCCCAACAGCAAAGAAACCUGGAUAACAUCGUCUUGCAACAGCCCAGAAUAGGUAGCAAGAGAAAAUCUAAGAAAGAUGCAUAUAUAAUCUUUGAUACAGAGAUAGAAAGCACUAGCCCCAAGUCUGAACAGGAUUCAGGAAUUCUGGAUGUUGAAGAUGAGGAAGAUGAUGAAGAGGUACCUGGGGCCCAAGAUUUGGUGGAUUUCUCUCCUGUUUAUCGAUGUCUACACAUAUAUUCUGUCCUGGGUGCCCGGGAAACAUUUGAGAAUUACUACCGAAAACAGAGGCGAAAACAGGCUCGUUUGGUACUCCAGCCUCCAUCAAACAUGCAUGAAACUUUAGAUGGCUACAGGAAGUAUUUUAAUCAAAUUGUAGGCUUUUUUGUGGUUGAAGAUCAUAUUUUACAUACAACCCAGGGCUUAGUAAAUAGAGCCUACAUUGAUGAACUAUGGGAAAUGGCACUUUCAAAAACCAUCGCAGCACUCCGUACCCACUCGUCUUACUGCUCUGAUCCAAACCUUGUGUUAGAUUUGAAGAACCUCAUUGUACUUUUUGCUGACACACUUCAGGUGUAUGGUUUUCCUGUAAACCAGCUUUUUGACAUGCUACUAGAAAUCAGAGACCAGUAUAGUGAAACUCUGCUAAAGAAGUGGGCAGGUAUUUUCAGAAACAUACUUGAUUCUGACAACUACAGUCCCAUACCAGUAACAAGUGAAGAGAUGUAUAAAAAGGUGGUAGGACAAUUCCCAUUCCAAGAUACAGAGCUGGAAAAGCAACCAUUUCCCAAAAAGUUUCCUUUCUCUGAAUUUGUGCCAAAAGUUUACAACCAAAUUAAAGAAUUUAUCUACGCCUGUCUGAAGUUUUCAGAAGAUCUUCAUCUAAGCUCGACUGAAGUUGAUGACAUGAUUCGUAAGUCAACAAACCUGUUGUUAACCAGGACUCUGAGCAACUCUCUACAGAAUGUCAUUAAAAGGAAGAAUAUUGGACUUACUGAGCUGGUCCAGAUUAUUAUCAAUACGACACACUUGGAGAAAUCCUGUAAGUACUUGGAGGAAUUCAUCACCAAUAUCACUAAUGUGCUUCCAGAGACAGUUCACACCACCAAGCUCUAUGGAACCACAACUUUUAAGGAUGCUAGACAUGCAGCUGAAGAAGAGAUUUAUACUAACCUAAACCAGAAGAUUGACCAGUUUCUACAGCUGGCAGACUAUGACUGGAUGACAGGAGAUUUGGGAAACAAAGCCAGUGAUUACCUAGUAGACCUCAUUGCCUUUCUGCGUAGCACCUUUGCUGUAUUCACACACCUGCCUGGAAAGGUGGCUCAGACAGCAUGUAUGUCUGCUUGCAAGCAUUUAGCCACAUCCUUGAUGCAACUUUUGCUGGAAGCUGAAGUAAGACAGCUCACCUUGGGAGCAUUACAGCAGUUCAACUUGGAUGUCAGAGAAUGUGAACAGUUUGCCAGAUCCGGCCCGGUGCCUGGGUUCCAGGAGGACACGCUGCAGUUGGCCUUCAUCGACUUGAGACAACUUUUGGAUCUUUUCAUCCAGUGGGAUUGGUCAACCUACCUUGCUGACUAUGGUCAGCCCAACUGCAAGUACCUCCGGGUAAACCCAAAGACAGCUCUGACUCUGCUGGAGAAGAUGAAGGAUACUAGCCGCAAGAACAACAUGUUUGCACAGUUUCGGAAAAAUGAGCGAGACAAGCAGAAACUGAUCGACGCUGUGGCCAAGCAGCUCCGAGGACUCACCAGCAGCCACCACUCAUGAAGGCUGUCCCCAGGCCCAUAGAAGCUGCCUGCUGCAGCCCCCUAGUCUGGGAUCCAGCCCUGGUUGACGCUGCAUUUGUGUAUUCUUCUUCAAAAGAGCAUAUGUAUUUUUUUAUUAACCCCUGUACAGUAUUCACAUAAUAUUUCCCUAUAGUGAAAGAGGCACAGGAAUAAGCAAGCACAUGAGAAGUUGCUAGGCUGGGACUUGGGAAGUUAUUACCACAUUAUCCGUAUUAUCCUAGAGAUGGUGGCAUCGUCAGUCCCACUGCGAUGAACCACCUUUUAUCCAUGGCUCCAAAGCUUAGGUCUAGGGCUUAGGAACAAACAGAGUGGUGCUUGGCACUAGGAGGAAAGGUGAGCAAGUAAAAGGACAGUAAAGCAUGUCCUGUUCACUCUUGGGUGCCCCAUUCACCACAUAGAUGAGGCUCAUUCUUCUUGAUGCAAGGGAAGGGCCUGGAAAACAUUACUUUUUAGUACACUAAAGACCGGCACACAGUUCUGGAGGUUCAUCCAUGGAGUCUCAUUGGCUGUUGAACAAGCAUGGGAUAUGGCAAGAUGGCAGCUUCCCUCCAGUCCCUCAAGAAUGGCCGUUUCUUUAGCCUAGAUCUGACCCAAGGCUUUUACUGCUAAUUUUUCUAAGGCAGGAUAGAGCAGUAGGCAGCAGUAAUAAUUGGACCCCGUGUUUCACGCAGGUUGCCCCCAUGCUAGGAAUGUUGAGUCUUAGCCCAAGGAAUUUUUUCUGGAUCUUGAAAGCCAGUUUGAGUGGAAUCAGGGGCCCAGUCCCUUCCCCAUUCAUCUCACUUCCUUCUUUCCCAGUUAGAGCACCUGGCUCAGGGCAUAGCUCAGCAAUUAUUUCCGUGGGUCCUCACAGAGAGUCUCAGCCUUGGCCGCCUCGUGCAAUGUCAUUGAGACAAGUCAGAUCUCAGAAGCCUUACUUUACCCUUAGGUAAAACCUUAGGAUUACUUGGGAUUGUUCCUUCGUGUUUUAAAACCAGCUUUCUGGCCACCAUCUUUAAAGGAAACAUCAUCACCUAUGCACUGUGGGGGCAGCCACAGCUGGACUGAAUGCCUCUAGGGAUGGAGCCACUGUCACCAUGAAGUAGACAAGGCCGACCAUGGCUUGUGUCUUGUUGCCUCUGGCCCAGCUGUCUUUCCCUAAGUCAUAUCCUAGAUACGAAGCUCUUCUUGCUCAAGCCCAAGGCUUCCAUCCUCUUUUGAGAUCCCCAAAGUCAUCUUUUGGCCUCGUCUGAGAAAGAUUGCCUACAAUCCUAUCCCUCAAACUCUGGAGCCUGGACCAGCUUAGCUUGGAGGCUGCCUCCAUUAUCCCAGAGGGGCUCCAGACCCAAGCAAGGAAUUUUCUAUGAGGUCAGUCAGAGGAAACUGCACUUUAAGACACUUCAGGAAGAUGCUAUUUUGGCUACUGGCAAGAGUAUAAUUGUGCAUCACCAAACAAUGACAAAUAAGCCACACAGGCAUUUCCAGCUUGGAUUAGUGAGAGGAGAGACUCAUCAGACAGAAUUCUUCACUACCUUUGUCAGCUACUGAGUUGCUUCUGGGAAGGGCAGUACUUCCUUUUUUGUUCCCCACCCCUACCCUUACCAUAUCUAACACAUCUUGAAAACCAUGGGGAAGAGAAAGAGCAUACAGACAUACAGCCCUCCUCAAAGCUGGAGAGACCAGGCUCCAUGUGAGCUGUGCAGAAGCCUGCUGGGCCUCAACCUAAGGGCUAUAGGCAGUUGGGCAGAGUUUUAGGAUGAAGGUCAGAGUGAGCACUGCUUCCCAGAAUUUGAUAAGCCAAGGAAAGGCAUGGGCCAAGGUGACAUUUUCACGCCCUGGUCUUUGUUGAAGAGUGAGUAAUGGUUACACUGAUCUGAAGUCCUAUUGCUUGAGAAGGACUCCAAACACCCUCCUUCACUAGUACCCAGUUUGCAGCAAGAUCUCUUUAGCUUUGAGUGCUGGAGAGAAGUGUAAGCAUGCCGCAGUGUUUGUCGUCUUAGAGGGUCGUGAUUGCCGAUCUGGUCUCAGACCUCUACCCUGGAAGAACUACAUCUGCUAUGGAGGAGAAGGUAAACAGGGCAGAGGAAUAGGGGUUACUCUGCACCUUCAACGUGGAAGUCCCAUGAAAGAAAAAGCUUAUUCAAGCUCAAGACUCAUAGGAUGGACCCUCUGGUGUAUCUCCUCUUCCCUAACAAAAAUGACACGCAGCUACUGAGCUGUAUGUAGAGAUAUACUCUUGGUGGGCUGCAAAAGGUAAAAAUAGGGACCAGCAAUGUCAAAGCUUUUUGAAUUGGAGAAGCGUCUGUAGGCCUAUAGCUGGGUCUUUGGGAGGACUCAUGCCAAACAUAUGUGCCCAUGCCCCUCGGACUCCUCAGGUCUGGUCCCAAACGCCAGGGAUGUAGAAGUAAGGACCCUGCAGGGCCUCAAUAAGAGGGCAAGAACAUGGGCGGCUGGAAGCCUACCUGCCUCCGGUCAGUAUGAACCUUUGGCCAAGUUCUUGGGGAAACUAGGUCUGUGUUCCUGAAGGAGCAGUCUGGUUUGGGACCCUAGUGAGUUUCAAUAGUAAUAUAAACAGUUAUGUUGUGGUAACAUUCAUAGGAAAAUCUCUUGGAGCAGACUAUAAAUGAAGCUGCUGGGGGUGAGGAAGAACAGGACCUGGAAAUUGGAACCAGCAGAGAGCUCCUGUUGGCAAAGGGCAUGUACAACCUCCAGGGCAUGGUGCCCAGUGUUCUCAUUGCAUACCAGGCCUCCUAGACCUCAAAGUCAGUCUGCCUUUACUGUGUAUUUGACAAGUGCUUGCUUAGCGAGUCCCAGGCCCAGGGCCUUUUAUCCCCCAGGAUUGGCAUCAGCCGUGACCUUCCUCACCAGGCUUCUGAGCACACCCCCUGGGGCCUGCUGCAACAACCUCCACACACACCUUAGCCUCCCUUCACCCGGGACUCUUCUACUGACUACUUCAAUUGCCUCUCUUUUUGUUUUUUUGUUUGUUUGUUUGUUUGUUUUUUUUGCCUGCAUUCACAAUUACUUUUCACUAAUGUGUUGAAAAUGGCCUUUUUAUUUUGCACAGAUAGUUACACAUUUAUAGGGAAAAUUUAGUAAAAUCCAUUUUUAACUCUAAAGGGAACUUUUUUUCUCUGAAACUUACUAGUAAAGCUACUGAUGCAGACGGGCCGCAUGGUUAGGGGAAAGCUCCUCUGUGGAAAAAGCAUGUUUAUUCCUCUUGUACAUUUUCCUCUUUUAACUGCUAUUAAACAAGAGAGCCUACAUACCUGUUUUAAAAGCCA